AUGAUGACUGGCGGGCAUCAGCACCAACACGAAGGAUAUAUAUCAUCGCAACCUUUCCAGGUCAAUCCAAGCCAACUUGGGGUUUCUCAGUCUCUCGAUUCAAGCUGUCCGCAAUCCCAGGAGCUCCCAGUCAUCGCCAAGAGUGUUACGCCGGCCAAGGACAUCAAGGACACCAUUCCCAAACCCAGCGCAAAGAAACCGCAGCCGAAGAAACAAGUACCUCUGUCUCCUAAGCGAAUUCAAAAGGCACUUACCUCAUCUCCAUCUCCCAGCACCGGCAGCGAUGGCGACUUCGACUCUGAAGAAUCCGACUCCGAGUCUGAGAGCGAGACGGAAGCCAGCAGUGUCUACCAAGAUACUGGCUCGGGCGCUGAGCCGGGUGCCAUACAACGUUUCAAACGUGACCAUAUCCCUCGGAAGAUGACCCGGAGCCUCACUACAAGUCCCUCUGGCAACUCUUCGAGCAGCGGGGACAGCAGUGAUUAUGAUAGCGCCAGCGACAGCAAGGACGAGGUCGACGAAAAUAACCACGGACGUUUCAGUGACAGCGUCGGUGAAAGCAGUAGUGGUAGCGACAGCGACAGCGACAGCGACAGUAACGAUGACAGUGUCAGCGACAACAUCAGUGGCACCAGUAGCAACACCGAUGGAGGCAGUAGUGUCAAUGACAGCGAAAGUAGCGACGACGACAGCGAUGGUAGCGAAGAUGAGAGUGAUUCUGAGCCCGAGCCACCAAAACCCCUUACUCCCAAAAAGUCUGUCAAAAAGCCUGCCAAGACACCUUUGGGGGCUUCAACGCGUGGUAAAAAGAAGGUCCGACCUUCAAAUGACACGAAAGAGGGGGAAGAUCGUAUCAAAUCUGAGCCCGACUCUGACUCUGGCAUCGCAUCAGUCCCCAUGGCGUCAAUCCCGUCAAAGGAUCGGGAGCCUCCCACCUCGGCUCAGAGACCUUCCGUUCCACCAACAAAGCGUAGGGGACAGCCAAACCCAGAGAUCCGACCUGCCAAGAGGCGUCGUGAGGAAGACGAGGCCGAGAAACAGACCGCCACAGGGCGGCCCGCGGCGAAGAAAAGGGCAACGGCGCAGCAGCAAAGCAGCCCCAGUGAGAGAACGAAGUCAAGCAAGGCUCGGCGUCGUGACAAGAAACCGCCGGCCGAGGCUUCAUAUGGCGAAGAGUCAGCCAAAGCCAGACGUUAUGCUCAGAAAGAGAGUAGUAGCCCUCGCCCAAAGCAAACGUUCAAGGAUCUUUCCCCGAUCGGAUCAGAGCACAAGCGCUCCAUUGACAUGCUGAUCCAGCGUAUUAAUGCGCUGGAGGAGAAGAGCAUGAGACAAGAUAAAAAGAUCAUGAAGCAGGACGAGAAGAUUAUGAAGCAAGACAAAAAGAUUAUGAGGCAGGAUGAGAAGAUGAUAAGACAGGACGAGAAGAUCAUCAAACAGGAUGAGAAAAUGAUGAAAUAG